AUGCUGAGAACUCCAGUCGUAUAUGAGGUGUUAGCUGACGAGGUGCGUGAUGGGAAAAUAUCCAAUCUCGAUCUUGCCGUCGCGUUACAGAAGGCCCAGUGUAAGAUUAGCGUUGCCAAACUGGUUUUUGUAUAAUUUCACCUUCUUUAAAUAAAGUUUAUUAUUAUUAUUAUUAUUAUUAAAUAGUCCAAAAUGGCCGAAAUCUGAAAAUUCCAUCCUUUAUAACUCUUAAUUGAAUUAAGAUAAUUCAAUUAUUCUUUCGGUUUUGAAGUUUAUACAACAUCUUACUUUAGAAAAUUAACUAAGGAAGUCUUGACACUUAAACAAAAUAUUGGCGCCAAAAGGAUGACGUCAUUUUUCCGCCAAAAUUUGAAAAAUUCGAAAAAGUGAAACGAGAGCAUAUCUUAGAAUGAAACGAUCUGUCAAAGUAUAAAAUAUCAGAUCAAUUGAAUAAAAGCCCUCAAAGUUACACUUAAGUGAGCGUUUUCGAGGCAAUAAAUCCCCACCAUGGUAUACAGGAAGACCUCGGUUGAAUUUUUACCCGUACUACCCUCACGCUCGGUCAGUAAGUUAUUAAUAGCAACAGCGUCACUGCUCAAAUUGGAGAUAGGUAACUUUGUUAAGAAUCGGCAGCUACGUCAUUGCAAGGAUUUUAAUGCAUCGCAUGUCGAUCGAAAUAGAUAUAAAGCUUAUAUAUAGUUACCAGAGAAGUUCCAGGCGGAAAACGAAUUCUAAUAAUAAAUAUUAAAUAUUAAAGCCCAGCAAAUUGCUUUUAAAAGAGCCAUAAACCAUUAGAUUUAAAAUAUAGAGCACAAUCAUCUGGAAAUAAUGAAAAUCUUGUACUGACGUAAAUUUGUACUGGACAUGAUCUCCGAACUCAUCACAGAAUUUCAAGGGAAAGUGCCAUUGCAUUUAUACAUUUCCAGAGAGCGAUUGACAUGCAAUAUUGAAGGAGUCGAUAUUAGCACUUCUUAAAUUUCAUGGUAUACCAAUGAAGAUCAUAUUUUCCAAUUAAGAUAAUAAGGGGAUAACACGCAUAAUGAGAAUUGUUUGAAAUAAAGAACUGCUUUAUGCAAGCCGACAUUUUAUCACAAUUGUUGUCCUUGAUUGCAAUAGAAAUUGUGAAAAAGAACAAUUGUGGUCGAAUAUUUGUCCUCGCAUAAAUCGUUGUGCGGUCAGAGGUGCUUGAGGGACUCAGUGUUUUCGAUUCAACAAAUACCCAGAAGAAUUUGUUAUUAGGAAAUCUACAAACGUUGAUCCAUGUUCAGAGAGACGCGGCGGCUCUGUUGCAACUGGGAACAAAUUAUUGCAAUGGUUUGUAAACAGUGGGUUUGUGAGAAACAAUUGUGCUAGUAUAUCGGUAAAGUAGUCUUUAAUAUUUUAUAUAUUUUGGUGUAAUAAUUUGAUUAAGAAUAAACGGGGCAUUGGAAAGCCAUAGUAGUAAUGUAGGUGGUUUUCGAUCCGGAUUUUGACAGUGAGGGAGAGUGAGGGAUGAUGAUAAUGAUGAUGAUGAUGAUUUUAUUGAUCCAUCUUUAGUUUAAAAAUACAAUGGAUUUACAAAUAUGUCUUUUAAAAGAGAAGAGCAUAACUAAGCAUGCAAUAAUAUUUACAAACGAUCUAAAAUUUAUAUAUAUACAAUUUGGAGUAAAAAAUUUAAAAGUCUAGGAAAUUAUUUAAAAAGUUAAUAAAAACCAAGUUUGGUUUUAGUACAACCCCUGUCUCAUUGCUCGUGGGACAAAAAUAUUUCUGUGUCGUUCAGUGCCUGAGAAAGGUGCGUAUUUAAAUAUACCGUCUCUACGCCUAAGAUUAUAGUUAUGUUUAUUAUGUUCCAUAGUUCGUUGAUAAAAGAUAUGACUUGGAUCACCUAAGAGUGAGAGUGAGAUCAUUAAGUGAGAUCAGGGAGAGCGAGAUCAUUAAAUAUUCAGUAAAUGAAAGUGAGUAAAUAGCUGUUAUCGUAAUUGAAUACGCCGCUGCGGCGAACCAGCGGUAUCUCAGUGGAACUACGCACGAAAACGAUGCUAAAGGGUCAAAAACACAAAACAUGACCCUAUAGCCUCGUCUCGAUGUUAAAAUAAUACAGAUACCGCUGGUCCGUAGCAUAGGCGUAUUCAAUUACGAUAACAGCUAUUAAAUGCGUCGUCAUUCAAUAUUCAGUAAAUGAGAGUGCGGGAGAAUGAGUGAGAGUGAGGAAACGAAAUAUUCUUUAAAUGAGAGCGAGCAAAUAAAAUAUUCAGUAAAUGAGGUGGAGUUAGGUGAACUGAGGUGGAGUGAAAUGGAGUGAGGCGGAGAAGGUUGCGCACAUAUGACGUCAUAAUGAUAUGCAAGGCAGCCUGGUCAAGAAAGUUAUUAAACUGAGGUCAGCAUUUUUAUCACAAUAUGAUUAAACAGUAUUGACUUUUAAUUGGCGUGCCAUGUUAGCGUCGCUACCAAAUUUUCCAAAUAUUAGAUCUAAGCAGAGCCUUUCAUCGACAGUCCAUGGAUAACAUAGAUAUAAUUUUUACGAUUAUUUUACACGAAAUGAACUUGAUAUCGAUAAGCAAACUUUGAAUCUUGAGCAAGUCUGCAAGGAGAUCAAUGUUACAAACUUUGGUCGUAGUCAAAGAUAUCUUAUAUACACUAGAUAGUGCAUCUAAUUAUUCUGCAAUUCAAAAAUUGAAGCCGAGAUUGCAGUCUCAGGUCGUUCCAAUGAAAUGAGAAGAUUCGUAUGUUUUCUAUUUCUUAAAAAGGGAACAUAAACAUUAAGUUAACCCUAUUCCAAAUACGUUUUUAAACUAUUCAAAUAAUGAAAGUUAUUGUUGUUUUUAAGCGUUUAUUAGCAAGUGGGAACGACCAACAUGACCGCCAUCUUAUCAAAUGGGGGUAACUGCUGGAAUAUUCUUGGCUUCAAUUUUACUAAAAGAGAUGCGCUAUCGAGUGUAUAUAAGAUAUAUAUGGUCGUAGGCUUGCCUAUUUAGCUUUCGUAUGUUUACAAAAUGAUAGCGAGGAAUCUAUUCAUCACAAUGUACAAAAAUCCUCGAAAUUCAUUUGAAUUAAUACUUUUAAUUAAUUUGGUGGCUUUUAAAGGAAUAAUAAAUUUCCAAGCAGAAAUAAAACGACUUGUUUUAAACAAACCUUAGCAGUUGCUAAGCCGAAGGUUGUCAACGCCGUUGUUAUGGUCGAUAUUUGCAUAUUAAAGAGUCAUUAAAAAGUGAUUAACCCCCCCCCCCAUGUGAAUAUAUACAAUACCAUUUUUUUAUUUCACUCAGCGAGCUUGAGACAGAAAAAAUACUAAUGAACAGAGAGUUAUUACAGGUUAUGUACAAAUACAUUGAAAUUUUGUCUUGUGUGGCUCUCUAAACGUACACCGCCAAAGUCAUUAAUAGUCAAUAAUGGAUUGUAAGCAAAAGUUUAAUUUCUUAAGCAUACCCUAAUUUUAGCGUGCAGUGAUAACCAAUUUGUGCAGUGAUAAAAGUGAAAUGUGCAGUGAUAAAAUGUAAAAUGUUGCAGUGAUAAAUUUUGCUUUGAUAAGCUGUUAAUUAAAAAAAGAAAAUGAGACAAUGAGCAGAAAAACUGAACUAAUCCGGCGAAACAUUUUGAAUGAGAAUGAUUUAAUUGAAAUUGAAAUUAUGACUGCCAAACAUCCAUCCAUUGGUUCAUCAGAUGAACAUAUUCUCUCACCAAAGAUCUCUUUAUGAGUUUGGAACAUGGAGUGAAUGAUACCUAUAAGAUUUUGUAAUUACUGUAUAAUUUUCAGAAUUCUAUAGAAUGUCCCCGCGCAUUGCAGGAGAUGCCCUUUUAUAGUGCCUAGAUUACAAAAUUGUCCGUGGGUGCAUGCCCCUGGAACUCCUGUAUAGAGGUUUGUCACGCCUAAGUCCGUAAGUCGCCUUUCAUUUGCCAAGACGAAAAUAUUUAUUUUCUUCAGUAAUGUUAUUAUGAAACUAAGCUGUCAAAGAUAAUCGUAACCGGUGCUGUCAAUGCCGCCCAGAGGGGUGCAAUUUGCCCUGGGACCCCAGUUAAAGGAGGGCACAAAUAGAAAUUGCAGUGAAAUAUGGGACCUCAGAUUUCAAAAUUUUUUCUGAGGAUGUUCCCGGAUCCCUUAAUCUUAGUGUUAUUAGAACAUGGAAUCACGAGAGCCCCCAAGUCAAAGUUUGUCCUGGGCCCCCAAAUGCCCAUGAGUGCUGUGCAGUGUAUGUUCGUUUUGGCAUUUUUGAACAUGAAUUGUAGCCUGCUUUGUUGUUACACAUUAUUAUAAGGGUGUGUUCAGAAAUUUUCAGGGCGUGCUGCUGCUCGGCUAAACCUUGCAUAAAAAUGUGCAGUAAUUAAAAUUCUUAAAAUUAGGUGUAUUCUUAAGUGUUUCUUAUGAAUAGAUAGGGAUUAUUUAUUAAGCGGGCGUAGACCUUAAAAUCAGGGUGUGGCUUUGCGGGAAACAAUUUCGACAAAAAUUUGAUUUUAAAAUACAUUUAUGUCUUUACGUGUUUACAAAGUUAAGAAAAUCUACUUCUAAUAAUUUAUCGCUUAGGUGACUUUUCUAUUUAAAGAGUUCUCGUAUUCUUGUCUAUCGUCAGACGAUAAUGAUGCAAUUUUCUCCGGCUUCAUUGGCAUAUAUUUUGGUCAGUCUUACGUCAGGUACGAGUAAAACUCUCGGCAUCUUGAUGUGUUCAAUCCAAUUUCACACAGUUUAUAUUACAUAAAGCCCGGCUACUCCCUAGCUUACAAUAUCCAGCCAACUCGGAGCCGAGUCUAAAUAGCUCUGAGGCUUGUCUAAAUAGCUCGGAGCCUGGCUUGAAAUAUCGAGCCAAAUUAUGCGGUCUUAAUGGUAAUGACUAUGGUUUUAAUAGUCAUGACUAUGGUCUUAGUGGAUACAACUACAGUCAAUGUCACCUGGUCUUACACCCGAUCAACUACAGUCUUAAUGGUCAUGAUUAUACUCCUAGUCACGACUACAGUCUUAAUGGUCAUGACUAUAGUCUUAUGUGUCAAUAGAGGCACCACUCAAGGGAGUGUCAGUGGGCCACAUCUUUUUAACAUUUUCCUGAAUGAUUUAAACUUAGAAUUGGACGGUCUUGAUAUAUUGUUCAAGUAUGCGGAUGACUCCAAUAUUGUGGCUCCAGUUUGGAAAGAGCGAGAUUGUGCUGAUUUUUUGGUGUCACAGUUUUUGGAUUGGACAUCUAGAAAUAAGAUGAUAUGUAAUCCAGGAAAGUGUAAAGAGAUGACCAUCUACAAGCAAGGUAACCAAGAAUAUUUCUCACCAAUAGCAAUGAUUCCAAUGUGUAAAGCAGUGAAAGUGAUGGGAGUUACAUUCCAGUGUGAUGGCAAAUUUGGCGAACAUGUUAAAAACAAAUUAAUCAAGGCAAAUAAGUGUCUUUAUAUCUUACGAUCAUUGCGAAAGGAAGGUUAUUCACAACAAGAGAUAGAUCUAUUGUUUGAUACUCUGGUAUUACCAAACAUAACAUACGCAUUGUCUGUUUAUGCCGCUUCCAAAUCCGAUUUAACUCCUAUUGAAGUCUUUCUUAAACGUUGCUAUAAAAGGAAAUAUACGUCAAAGCCAGUUAGUGUGUAUAAGCUUUUAGAAAAACAAGAUCGAACCAUAUUUAAUAGAGUAUCUAAACUCUGGCAGCAUCCAUUAUUGUCACUAAUGCCACACGCUAAAGAAACAGGCUACAACUUAAGAAAAAGAAGAAGUCAUAGGCCGAAAGUUAGAACGGAACGUUUUAAAAACGUGUUUGUAAACCGUUUGGUAUACAAUUAUGACUUAGUUAUUGAUUAA